GACUAUAUUUGCCCACGGUGCGAGUCUGGUUUCAUUGAGGAACUUCCUGAAGAGCGGAAUGCGGACAAUGAGACCAGCUCCUCCACGUCCACCAGUGACCAGGGCAGGCAUCCCUUUGAGAACGUGGAUCAGCACUUAUUCACCUUGCCACAGGGCUACAGUCAAUUUGCCUUCGGGAUCUUUGAUGACAGCUUCGAGUUCCCAUUCGGGUCCAACGCGCAGUCAGAAGACAACAGGGACUCUGAGAACCGCAGGGAGCGAGAGCACCAGUCCCGGCAUCGAUACGGUGCCAGGCAGCCCCGUGCCCGCCUGGCCACACGCCGUGCUGCUGGCCGGCACGAGGGUGUCCCCACACUGGAGGGAAUUAUCCAGCAGCUGGUCAAUGGGAUUAUAGCACCUACAACAAUACCAAACCUGGGACUGGGUCCUUGGGGGGUCUUGCAUUCUAAUCCAAUGGACUAUGCAUGGGGUGCCAAUGGCCUGGAUGCAAUUAUUACACAGUUACUAAAUCAGUUUGAAAACACUGGACCGCCGCCAGCUGACAAGGAGAAGAUCCAGGCCCUCCCCACUGUACAGAUCGCACAGGAGCACGUAGAUUCGGGGCUGGAGUGUCCUGUGUGUAAAGAAGACUACACAGUGGGUGAGAACGUCCGGCAGCUGCCCUGCAACCACCUCUUCCACAACGGCUGCAUUGUCCCUUGGCUGGAGCAGCACGACACGUGUCCCGUCUGCCGGAAAAGCUUAAGUGGACAGAACACUGCCACAAACCCCCCAGGACUCACAGGGAUGAACUUCUCAUCCUCAUCCUCCUCCUCUUCCUCCAGCUCACCCAGUAACGAGAACUCCUCAAACAACUCAUGAAUCUUAACCCAGCCUCUGUCCCUGGGGCCCCGUCCCUUCUCCUUCCUCCCCCUCCAGCCAUUGUAAGCAUCGCAAGGGGCUUCCAGAGCAGAGCCAGGGGAGGGUGGUGGGGGAGCAGCCCCCACGUUUCCUUUUGAGUUCGAAGCCGCGGAGUCACUGGGUCCCUCAGGGGCGAGCCGCCUCACGUUCUGUGACGGGGAAAGGGCUCUGUUAAUAAAAGCAUCCAUUUGCUGCUGGACUU